AUGUGUAUGGUUGUUACCUUAAUGGAUUAUGCACCUUUAAGGUUCUUUUCAACACCAUCUAAUGUGAUUGAUGCGUACUUUUCAAAAGAGAUAUACGAAAGGAUUAAUAGUAAGAAAUGCCUUAAAGAAAAUUAUUUCAUCAGAAGUUUAAGUAUAAUUACACCUUCUGAUCAGACAGUUGAAAAGGCCAAAGGGGAAACUGCCUAUAUGCCAUGCAAAUUUACUCUUGAUCCAGAAGACCAAGGACCACUGGAUAUAGAGUGGCUGCUCUCACCAUCUGAUAAUCAGAAGGUGGAUCAAGUGAUUAUUUUAUAUUCUGGAGACAAAAUUUAUGAUAACUACUAUCCAGACCUGAAAGGACGAGUACAUUUCACAAGUAAUGAUCUCAAAUCUGGUGAUGCAUCAAUAAAUGUCACAAAUUUACAGUUAUCAGAUAUUGGCACGUAUCAGUGCAAAGUGAAAAAAGCUCCUGGUGUUGGAAAUCAGAAGAUUCAGCUGACAGUACUUGUUAAACCUUCAGGCACAAAAUGCUACAUUGAUGGAUCAGAAGAAAUCGGAAAUGACUUUAAGCUAAAAUGUGAACCAAAAGAAGGUUCACUUCCAUUACGAUAUGAAUGGCAGAAAUUGUCCAACUCUCAAAAAUUGCCCACCUCGUGGUUAGCAGAUAUGAACUCCCCUGUUAUAUCUGUGAAAAAUGCUACUACUGAGUAUUCUGGGUCAUACGUUUGUACAGUCCAGAACAGAGUGGGCAUCGACAAGUGCACCCUACACCUGGAAGUUGUUCCUCCUUCAAAUAGAGCUGGAACAAUUGCAGGAGCUAUUAUAGGAACUUUGCUUGCUCUAGUGCUCAUUGGUCUUCUUAUCUUUUGCUGCCAUAAAAAGCGCAGAGAAGAAAAAUAUGAAAAGGAAGUUCAUCAUGAUAUCAGGGAAGAUGUGCCUCCUCCAAAGAGCCGGACAUCCACUGCCAGGAGCUACAUUGGCAGCAACCAUUCAUCCCUGGGAUCCAUGUCUCCUUCCAACAUGGAAGGCUAUGCCAAGACUCAGUAUAACCAAGUACCAAGUGAAGACUUUGAACGUGCUCCCCAGAGCCCGACUCUCCCACCCACUAAGAUAGCUGCCCCUAAUCUCAGUAGAAUGGGAGCGGUACCUGUGAUGAUUCCAGCACAGAGCAGGGACGGCUCCAUAGUAUAG